AUGCCCCGUAGGAAGAGGGAUCCCGUCCUGCUGUCCCACGCCGAGCUGUCCGGCACCGACGCCGAGGGUCCCUGCAGCGGCGGUGAGGGCCGGUGCUCCACCUCGGGGGAGGAGGAGGAGGAGGAAGAGGGGGGUCCCCUCCCCGGCCUCCCUCGGGACGAGCUGGCCAAGAGCAUGGUGGGCUGGCCCUUCCCCGCCGGCGUGGAUGGGGAGCUGCUGGGUUUGCUGGGGAAGGAGCAGUUCGAGUGUGUGGAUGUGGAGCUGGAGAGCGGGGAGGCCAGGAAGGGCCAUAGCAAGAAGAGGACUGUCCCCAAGCGCCAGAUCCAGCUGAAGAAGAAGGAGAGGAAGGAGACAGGUUUCAGCCCCUGGAGUGAUGGCCAAGGCCCCCAACCCCUGCCCCCAACAAGGAAGGAGCCCCCCAGCAAGGGCAGGGGCAUCGGAGAGGACUUCAGGCUCAACUACAAGCAGUUCAUGAAGAUGGCCUCCCUGGAUGCCAACGAGAAGACCAGGGCGGCCUCUUGCCUGGUGAAAAACGUCCUGGCCAAGAAGAUGCAGUACGAGCAGAGGAUCAAGAUGGAGCAGAAGGGGCUGAGGGGCAGCUCCACCUCCUCUGGGCCAUCCUCUGCUGGCACAGACCUGCUGGGGGACGGCCUGGAGGGCAAGUCCAGCUCGCUCUCCCGCUCCGACUGCAGCUUCUCAGCCGAGGACCUGCGGGAACGGACGGUGCCUCACCCAGCAGUAAGAGCACACCAAGCUCCACCAAGCCCUUUGCUCCCCACCUGCCCACAGGUGAACAUGCUCUACAGGAUUGAGGACGUGCCCCCCUGGUACCUCUGCAUCCUGCUCGGCUUCCAGCACUACCUGACCUGCUUCAGUGGCACCAUCGCCGUCCCCUUCCUGCUGGCUGAGAGCCUGUGCGUCGGCAAGGACCAGCUCACCGUCAGCUACCUCAUCGGCACCAUCUUCACCUGUGUUGGCAUCACCACCCUCAUCCAGACCACCGUGGGGAUCAGGCUGCCCCUCUUCCAGGCGAGUGCCCUGGCUUUCCUGGUCCCUGCCAAGUCCAUCCUGGCCCUGGAGAAGUGGAGAUGCCCACCUGAAGAGCAGAUCUAUGGCAACUGGACGCUGCCCCUCAACACCUCUCACAUCUGGCAGCCCCGCAUGCAGGAGAUCCAGGGGGCCAUCGUGGUGUCCAGCCUGGUGGAGGUGGCCAUCGGGCUGCUGGGGCUGCCCGGGGCACUGCUCAGCUACAUCGGGCCUCUGACCGUCACACCCACCGUCUCCCUCAUCGGCCUCUCCGUCUUCCAGGCAGCGGGCGAGCGGGCUGGCUCCCACUGGGGCAUCGCUGCGCUGACCAUCUUCCUGAUCGUCCUGUUUGCCCAGUACCUGCAGCACGUCACCCUGCGCCUGCCCGGCUACCGGCGAGGCCGCGGCUUCGUCCUGCUCCGUGUCCAGAUCUUCAAGUUGUUCCCGAUCAUCAUGGCCAUCAUGGUGGUGUGGUUGCUCUGCUACGUGCUGACACGUGCCAGCGUCUUCCCCAGCCAGCCCGAGGCCUAUGGCUACAAGGCCAGGACAGAUGCCCGGGGGGAGAUCCUGUCCGUGGCACCCUGGUUUCGGGUCCCCUACCCCUGCCAGUGGGGUCUGCCCAAGGUGACCUCAGCAGCCGUGCUGGGAAUGUUCAGUGCCACCCUGGCAGGCAUCAUCGAGUCCAUCGGGGACUACUACUCCUGUGCCCGGCUGGCAGGGGCCCCACCGCCCCCCGGGCACGCCAUUAACAGGGGCAUUUUCACUGAAGGCAUCUCCUGCAUCAUCGCGGGGCUGCUGGGGACUGGCAACGGCUCCACCUCCUCCAGCCCCAACAUUGGUGUCCUGGGCAUCACAAAGGUGGGGAGUAGGAGGGUGAUCCAGUACGGGGCUGGCAUCAUGCUGGUGCUGGGGACUAUUGGCAAGUUCACAGCGCUCUUCGCCUCCCUGCCCGACCCCAUCCUCGGCGGGAUGUUCUGCACCUUGUUCGGAAUGAUCACGGCCGUCGGCCUCUCCAACCUGCAGUUCGUCGACAUGAACUCCUCCCGCAACCUCUUCGUGCUGGGCUUUGCCAUGUUUUUCGGGCUGACACUGCCCAACUACCUGGAUUCCCACCCCAAGGCCAUUCACACAGGUGUCCCCGAGCUGGACCAGAUCCUGACAGUGCUGCUCACGACUGAGAUGUUCGUCGGGGGAACCAUCGCCUUCAUCCUGGACAACACUAUCCCGGGGACGCAGGAGGAGCGAGGGCUGGUGCAGUGGAAGGCGGGAGCGCACGCGGACAGCACAGGCAGAGCCAACCUGAGGAGCUACGACUUCCCCUUCGGGAUGAGCGUGGUGAGGAGAAGCCGGUGGCUGAAGCACCUGCCUAUCUGCCCCGUGUUCACCGGGUUCAGGGCCCGGGGGAAGGGCGGCGAAGCAGGGGCUGCGGAGGCGCCGGACGGCACGGACGGGCUCUCUGUGUGCACCAAGGUCUGA